UAUAGUUAUGUACAUACUAAUUAUAUUUAUGUAAAUUACGCAUAUUUAUAACUUAUAUUAAAAAACAUUACCUGCGUGACAUCAAGUUGCUUUUAUAAUCCAGUUCAUAUCUUUUCCGUAGUAUUAUAAAUGCUUUUUGUCAUAUCUACUUUUGGGGAACAGGUUUCGAAAUUAAUAUCAGUAAACAUUUUAAGAAUUACUGACUAUAAAACAUUGAAAUCAAGAUGAUGCCUGGAAGAAUUGGUAAUUUGCCAAUAUCAGCUGAAAACCCUUUAGGAUUAUCGUGGCAUGAUUCUGCGUGGAUUCCGUUACUGAACCCGACUAAUAUAAUGGAUUACUUCUCGGAGCGUUCAAACCCAUUUUUUGAUCGCACCUGUAAUAAUGAAGUUGUAAAAAUGCAGCGGCUUAGCAUGGAUCAACUACAGAAUAUGACUGGAUUAGAAUACAUAUUACUGCAUGUACAGGAGCCAAUAUUGUAUGUGAUCCGUAAACAGCACAGACACAGCCCCACUCAGGCAACACCACUAGCUGAUUAUUACAUCAUUGCUGGUAUUGUUUACCAAGCACCAGAUUUAGCCAGUGUAUUAAACUCAAGAUUGCUCUCGGCUGUCCACCAUCUGCAGUGUUCAUUUGAAGAAACCAUGUCAUACUCCAGGUAUCAUCCUAGUAAAGGGUACUGGUGGGAUUUCAAAGCUAAUAAACCAGGGCUGGGCAAUUAUAAUUCAGGACAAUCAGCACCAAAAGAAGUUUCAUCAGCACCUAAAGAGGAGCCAUCAACAUUGUUUCAACGUCAAAGGGUAGACAUGUUGCUUGCAGAACUCAUGCGACAAUUUCCACUACCAGUUUCACAAACAACACCUAACCAGACAAAUGGUGUUACUGUGAAGACAGAAAACACGGAUGGCAAAGCUGGUGAUAAAUCUACUGAUGGGAAUGUAAAUAACAUAACUAUAAAGCAGGAACCAGUUGAUCCUAGUAGUUCAGACAUGACCAAUGGAUCAUUGCAAGGACAUAGUGAAAUAAAAACAGAAAUAAAACAGGAAAACAUGAAACCUCCUCCAGAGAAGAAGACAAGACUUUAAUAUAAGAUACACUUAGGACAAUUCAAUUUUGCACUUCUAUAUUUUUUAACAACGCAGUAUUUUUCUCCUGUUGUGUAUUAAACAAGUUGGUUAUAGUUUCUGGAGCUGAUGAGUUGUUUAAACAAAAUUGACAAUUAAUUCUUCUCUGAUCUGAUAGUGCUGUGUCUACGGUGCUACCAUUGGUUUGUACACUGAAAUUAUUAAUAAUAAAUAAUUAUUUAUGUAUUAAGUA